AUGGCCCAGCAAAUCCAAUUCAACACCUCGGAAAAAACCACCAACAACGGCGAUACGUUGGUGACCAAGUUCACCUACGAAAACUCGUUGGUGGAGACCGACGCUUCGGGUAAGCUUACCGUCACUCCCACCAAGCAAGACUACGAGUUCAAGGUCGACUUGAAACAACCCAAGACCGGGUUGAUGCUCGUGGGUUUGGGCGGUAACAACGGUACCACUUUGGUGUCGCUGAUUUUGGCUAACAAGCACAACAUCUCGUUCGAGACCAAGGAAGGCACCAUCAAGCCCAACUUCUACGGUUCCGUCACUCAAUCGUCGACGAUCAAGAUUGGGGUUGACGCUACCGGCAACGACGUCUACGCUCCGUUCAACUCGAUUGUUCCUCUUGUGAACCCCACCGACCUCGUCGUUGGCGGUUGGGAUAUCUCCAAGUUGCCUCUUGACCAGGCUCUGAAGCGGGCUAAGGUGUUGGACGUCACUUUACAGGAGAAGUUGAAGCCCUACUUGAAGGAGAUGACCCCGUUGCCCUCGAUCUACUACCCCGACUUCAUCGCCAUGAACCAAAAGGAACGUGCCGACAACGUCUACAACGUCGACGCCAAGUCCGGCGAAGUUAAGACCGACAACAAGUGGGCCGAUGUCGAGAAGAUCAGAUCGGACAUCAAGGAGUUCAAGAAGCAAAACGGCUUGGACAAGGUGAUCGUGUUGUGGACCGCCAACACCGAGAGAUACGCCGAGGUCGCUGCUGGUGUCAACGACACCGCCGACAACGUGUUGGAAGCCACCAAGAACAACCACCCGGAAAUCGCCCCCUCGACGGUGUUCGCCAUCGCCUGUAUCCUCGAACAAGUGCCCUACAUCAAUGGGUCUCCUCAAAACACGUUUGUCCCCGGGAUCAUCGAAUUGGCGGAAAAGCACAACUCGUUCAUCGGCGGUGACGACUUCAAGUCGGGCCAGACCAAGAUCAAGUCGGUUUUGGCCCAGUUCCUCGUCGACGCCGGUAUCCGCCCCGUGCUGAUUGCCCUGUACAACCACUUGGGGAACAACGACGGCUUCAACUUGCUGGCUCCUCAGCAAUUCCGGUCCAAGGAAAUUUCUAAGGCGUCGGUGGUUGACGACAUCAUCGAGCUGAACCAGAUCUUGUACAACGACGAAAAGGGCAAGCUGAUCGACCACUGCAUCGUCAUCAAGUACUUGCCUGCCGUGGGCGACUCCAAGGUUGCCAUGGACGAGUACUACUCGGAGUUGAUGCUUGGCGGCCACAACAAGAUCUCGAUCCACAACGUGUGUGAAGACUCGCUUUUGGCGACCCCCUUGAUCAUCGACUUGGUGGUGAUUGCUGAGUUCCUCCAGAGAGUGUCGUACAAGAAGGCCGACGAGGCCGAGUACCACGACUUCUACCCCGUGCUCACGUUGUUGCUGUACUGGCUCAAGGCCCCCUUGGCCAAGCCCGGUUUCAAGCCCAUCAACGGGUUGAACAAGCAGAGACAGGCGCUCGAAAACUUGUUCAGAUUGCUUGUGGGGUUGCCCAUCAACAACGAGCUCAGAUUCGAGGAGAGAUUGGUUUAG